UUCCCGAUACUGCCCUUGGCAAGCUUCAUAACAGUUUUGACUAAUUACGGCGCGAGCGCUUCAGUUUUUGAUGCGUCAGUACCGUGCCACAGAAGACACACGACGUAGUACGAACACGAUUCACUGACAAUGGAGAGAAAGAAUAGCAACUGUGUUGUCCAUGUACGACAAGAUUCCGAUAACGACCUUGAAGCGCUCUUUCACGUCGUCAACAAGAACGCAGUGGCCAAAACGCAUCCCGAUCCGACCUCGUCGGCCAACUCUUUGCCGAUGCGCUUACGGAAACUACCUCCGUCGUUUUUUAAGCAGCCGCCGCUCGAUGGUACUUUGUCACCAGACCAGGACACUCCGACAGGGCUGAUCUCUCACUCUCGCGCGCACUCGUCGCCGGCAUCGCUAACAGUUCCUACAAGCCUGAAAGGUCCCCACUCCUUGAGCCCCGUCGUCCAUCAGCGAUCAACUUCCUUCGAUAACACAGCUUUACUCGAGGAACCAGCCCAGAUGCCGCCUGGUUGGGAAAUGAGAACAACGCCAAAUGGCCAACGAUAUUUCAUGAACCACUUCGAUCAAGUAACAACAUGGCAGGAUCCAAGAAAAACUCAGUCAACUUCUAACCUGAACAGCAUUCAACCAGCAGGCAAUUUGCCUGAUGGCUGGGAGCAGGCGAUUACGCCAGAAGGCGAUAUUUACUAUAUCAACCACAUUGAAAGAACAACAAGUUGGGUUGAUCCGCGAAUCGCAAUGCACUGCAGAAAUCAAGAAAACAUGCGCGGGCCGCAGCUACCUCCCGAGAUGAAUCGCCAUCGAACAAUGCAACUUCAACGUCUCCAAAGAGAACGGGAACAUCUUUUGAAGCGACAGCAGGAACUCCUGAAGCAAGAGAUAAGACUGAAACGUGAUAUUCUAGAAGAAGGUGGAACGAAGUCUUCUCUUCUCGGAAAUUUGACGCGAGAGGUGUCGUUGUUAUCGGCUCAGGAUCCCCCUGUGACAAGCGGAGGCCAUAUCAGGGAUGAAUCGUUCGAUUCUGGCCUCGGAAUGGGAGGUGGAAAUUACCAGUUUCACGAUGUGGACAUGAACGAUUCACAACCCAUGUUUGACGCGAAUUACAACUCUAAAGACAGUUCGUUCCGCACCGAGCCGGGUCGCAGACUGCCUGAGAUUCUCGACAGCUUGCCAGGCACAAAUGUCGAUUUGGGCGUGUUGGAGGGUACAGAUAACUCAUCAAACAUGGAAACCGACGAUCUCGGAGUAGGAUUGGAGUUCAACUCGGAGUUUAACGACGCGGUGGAAUCGGUGUUAAUUUCUCCGACCAAGAUCGCCGACAACUUUUUAACUUGGCUCUGAGUGUACCCAGAUCAUUUAUAGCUGAUAGUUUUUAAGGAUUUUUACAAGUGACAUUCUUAACAGAGUGUAAAAGUGAGUAUAUAGUAGCGUUAUUUAGCGAUCAAACCAUUUCUUUUUUACAUUUUUACAUACGCGUAAGAUUACUACUGUAAAAGAAAAAAACUUGUUUCGCAGCGAAACUUAAAGUUCGGCUCUUAAGUCGAAAUCAUAUAAAAGCUUAGGUUAUUGUUCUAGAUGGAAGGAUAAUAAGUAAGGAGCAGUAUAAUUUUUUGCCACAAGAUUAUCAUAGUUUUUUUUUUUUUUAAUAAAAAGUGCCUGUAAAUAGGAAUCGAGGCACUAACGCGUUUAAUGGCAGAGUUUAUCAACCCCGAUGUCUCCGCGCCGACCAAUUUGCCUUAUUCCUCCGACUGUUUUUUCUGAACUGCCGUUUGCAUAAUCGAAUGUGGUGUUAAAAAUAAGAUCCUUUUCUAAUUCCACCCACAAGCAACUCUUUUGUUCAUGGCUAAUUACAAAACAUCAAACGUGAGACCAACAGAAUGACUCUGCCAUUUUACGCAUAUAAAAAUCAUCCGUCAGCAAAAGCGUGGCUUGAAGCGUGCGGAUUUUAUGUUACCUGGCGUUGAAUCUUUUCACAAACGCGCUUUCUCGAUUGCGGCCACAAACCAGCGUUGCUUUUUGUUGGGCGAAUUGUAAUGGUUCAUUAAGCUGUAUACAGAAUAAUUGUGAUAAUUAGGGUAGAUCUCUUGUGUUGGUGGCCGUGUUUGUACUUCAAAAAGUUGAUUAUCUCUGCAAAAAAAAA